AUGACCACUCCACUUCUUCCAUCGUCUUUCGAUCUUGAUACCAACAACAAUUCCCCAACGAAUAUGUUACUCUCAUUACUAAUGAGUCCGAAUUUAGACAAAGAUGUUGUUUUGAAGUUUUUGGGAUUUCUUGAAGAGCAAGAGAAAACAAAGCAAGAGCAAGAGAGAACAAAGCAAGAGCAAGAGAAAACAAAGCAAGAGCAAGAGAAAGAGAGAACAAAACAAAUCUUUUCCGAAGAGCGAACAAAGCAAUUGGACGCUCAAAGAAUGAUUGUUCAAGAGAGAACAAAACAACUAACUGCUCAGGUCACUUGUAAGAUAUCCAAACAAAAGAAAUUGGAUAAUGAAAACGAUGUUCAAGAUGCUAUUGUAAAGAUUUUUAACAGAAAAUUUUCUGAGGAAUUUGAGUUUACAGCCUUGGAUACCAGAUAUUAUCAGACCAUAAGAAACUGCAAACCGGACUUUGUGCUUGUUUCAAACAAGUUUAAAAUUUCAAACAUUUCAGACCUAGCUCUUUAUGAUGGCUUGAGUAAAAUUGCUGAGGCCUUUUUGGAAGUGAAAGUGCAAGUUAAUAAGGACGACCAGCUUGGACAGGUGUUUAAUUAUAUUUAUAAGGCGAGAGAGUCCAACAAACAAAGAACGGUGUUUAUAGCCGCAUUGAUGACAUAUUCAGAAAUUCAUUUCAUACGUUCUUAUUUCUCUGAAACAGAAGUCUUCAACGAGAUUACCGUUCCUUUUGAAUUGUUUAACCCAAAGAUUGAAAGCGAAAAUUACACGUCCAAAGGAGUUCAAUAUUUGUAUUCAAUGAUGAAAUACGGUAAUGUGCAAGAUCCCGUUCCUACUCCACAACGUUCUGUAAAGUUAUUGAAACUAUUAGGUUUUGGUGCAACUUGCAAUGUGUAUAAGGUAUCCAUUAAGGAUUCCCAUAAUCGAUCACAAGAAUAUGCUAUGAAGUUGUGCAGCUCUAACCAAGAGGUUAUAUCGGAAUCAAUUCAACGAGAAAGGGCUAUACUUCAACACAUACAAGAUAUACCAAACACAUCCAAAUUAAUUACUGAAUUCGAGGAGGAUGAAAUGAGGGCCCAGACAAAUCCGCAGCCAGAGCCCACGCAGUGGCACCGUAUCCAGCGGCUCUCAUUUUUCAAACGGCUGCAUGGUGGUGGAUCCGAUUCAAUCCAAAAAUCAGGAUUUUGCAAUAAAAACUUUCGUUUUAAUGAAUAA